CCGACCUGUACCGACACUGCCUUUCAGCGCCGAUCGAGCUGUAUCACAGCUGAUCCGUCCCAUCUUCCCCGUAUGUAUUUGAAGACUGGGAGGACUUCCAGAAGGUGGCAGUGCUUCGAGACGUUCUUUUCAGAACAUUUCUUACAACUUGUCCUCGGCAGCUGUCAUGAAAGCUGUGGAUCGAUGUAACAGCCUACGCGUUGUAUGUCUGGCCCCGGAUUAGCUCUAGCGCUGGACGGGCCGGAACACAGCUUACAAUCAGCAAACACUUUUCUUUAAAAGGAUGCUUUCGAGAUAACGGACCCCCUACUUUCUCUCUACCGAAAACGUGAUGCAUACAUCAACCUCAAACUCUGCUCAGUCUUCUUUGAGCCAGCCAAGCGAACGGCCCCAUAUCUCCGUGGGAGAUCACGAUGCGCCGCCAACUUACUUUGCUCCAUCUCCCUCUCUACUCAGCCCCUCGUCUUCGAAUGCGAUACUACCACUCUCCAACGGAAGUUAUGUCUCUGUCAUUUUGGCGAGCCCUCUGCAGCUUGCACCGGUCGAAAAGGAAGGAUAUGUCCCACCACCGACCUUGGAAGAGGACGAGAACGACAUCUCUGAGCUGGAUUGCUCGAUUCUUCGCAAAUACGAUGUCGUGGUCAUUAUGGACGAUUCUUCUUCGAUGCGUCAUGUCGAAAAAAACCACGAGAAAAGCCGAUGGUGUGAGGCGGUCGACGCACUCGGGGCUUUGGCAGGGACAGCGGCAAAAUACGAUGCAGACGGAAUCGAAAUCCGAUUCCUUAACCACCCAAAACGAUUGACUAGACUGAAGAGUCGCGAGGAUGUUCUCCGUGCAAUCAGCAGCAUCCGGCCCCAGGGAGGAACCGAUAUCGGGGAGCACCUCAGAAAAGUGCUGAAUAGCUAUACCACCAAGUUGAAUAUGUCCCGGUAUACUCCAGGAUGGAAGAUCAAACGCUUGAAUGUCAUCGUGAUCACAGACGGGCAGUCAUCUGACGAUCCCGCCAUUCCCAUCAUCAAUGCAGCGGAAGAGAUUGCGAGGUUAAAGAACAAAGUGCCGUUGAAUCAGAUUGGGAUUCAGUUCAUCCAGAUCGGGUCGGACCCAGGCGCAACCCGAUCUUUGCAAAAGUUGGACGACGAUCUUCACCAGGAAACCGGACUUCCGGACAUUGUUGAUACUGUCACGUACGAUCAGCUCAAGAUCUACAACAAGCUGAGCAGAGAUACCAUCACCGGAUACGGCCUGGUGAAGGUUCUGACCGGGGCUAUCAACAGACGAGUCGACAACAUGGAGGUCCAUGGAUCAAAGCAAGUGCCGAUGAAAUCCUGAUGUGUGCAAUUGUGUUGCAGUCAAUUAUCUUUUAUCUAUAUAUACCUAUCAAUGAUCGUUAGACUGUUCGUUGACAUGUCUAGUCAAUCUGAUGUCUUCAACUCUAA